AUUCAGAGUAUAUAUAUAUAUAUUAAAAAAGUAGUAUUUUGAAAUACCGAUCCCUAAGGGUGUGCGUUGGUUCUCCACGAGAAUAACUCGAGCCAGACGAUAUAGAUCACAUCAUGGCGUGUGUUCGAUGACGUGGUGUGAUCUACGCGCGCGACAUGAUACGGGCCUCUUACAGAACUGAGGCGAAUUCAUACCAAAGAUUUAACAUGCACACGACCUGUUCGAUGAAAUGCUUCAAAGAGGUGUAUUCAGUUGGACCUCCCUGUUCGCCGAAUACAUGCGGAAUGGACUCCAAGCUCAGAUCUUGGAUAUCUUCUUCCAAAUGCAAAGCGAAGGAGUGAGACCCAACACGUUCACCUUUGCUUCCGCUCUCGCUUCAGCUGCCACUGGAGGCGAGUUGCAGAAAGGGACGAUAGUGCACGGCCAGCUGAUCAAAUCUGGACAUGAAGCCACCGUCUUUGUCUGCAACUCACUGAUGAACAUGUACUCAAAGUGCAGGCUCAUUAAGAAUUCAAAAUCAGUUUUUGAAGCCUUGGAGCACCGAAAUUCCAUUUCUUGGAAUUCAAUGAUGGCAGGUCUUGUUUCCAACGGUUCCUACACUGAAGCACUCGAAUUUUACUUCCAGAUGAGGGUUGAAGGCAUAAAGCCAACCCAAUCGAGCUUCGUCACCGCGAUAAACAUAUGUGCUAAUCUUAAAAACCUGGUUUUUGCAAGGCAGCUUCAUGGCUGCGUGGUGAAAGAAGGCUAUGGGCUUGAUGGGAAUAGCUUGACUGCUCUCUUGGUGGCUUAUAUUAAGUGUGCUGAAAUGGAAGAUGCCCUCAAACUCUUCUAUUUGACACCAGAAACUCGCAAUGUGGUCUCUUUCACUGCUUUGAUUGGUGGGUGUGCACAGAAUGGUAGCAAUGACAGAGCUGCUGUUAUUUUUUCUGAAAUGAGGAAGGAUGGAGUUGAGCCCAAUGACUUCACUUACUCCACUGUACUAACUGCUGCUCCCAUGGUUUCUCCAUUUCUCAUUCAUUGCCUCCUUAUAAAAACAAGAUAUGAAUGUUUUCCUUCAGUAGGCACAGCUCUCCUUGAUGCUUAUACAAAGUUUGGAAACCUUGAUGAUGCAUUAAUGGUUUUUGAGAAGAUAGAAGACAAGGAUGUUGUGGCAUGGUCAGCCAUGGUGGCUUCUUAUUCCCAAGCCGGGGACACUGAGGCUUCUAUCAGGCUGUUCAUGGAGAUGGCUAGAGAAGGAGUUGUGCCCAAUCAGUUUACCAUAUCAAGCAUCAUUAAUGUCUGUGCGAGCGCCACGGCGGGGGUGGAUCAAGGGAGACAAUUCCAUGCUGAAUCAAUUAAGUUAAGGCUGCAGGAUGAUAUUUGUGUGAGCAGCGCUCUACUCACCAUGUAUGCAAAGAAAGGGAGCAUUGAAAAUGCUUAUAAAGUGUUUGAGAGGCAAUCUGCAAGAGAUUUGGUGUCAUGGAAUUCAAUGAUUUCUGGUUUUGCCCGCCAUGGUUAUGGAAAAAAAGCUCUUGAUAUCUUCGCAGAUAUGGAAGCUCAAGGGCUGGAAAUGGAUGACAUAACCUUGAUUGGAGUAAUCAUGGCUUGCACACACACAGGUUUUGUUGAAGAAGGUAAGAGGUAUCUCAAUUUGAUGGUUAAGGAACAUGGUAUUCGGCCGACGAUGGAGGUCUACGCCUGCAUGGUCGAUCUUUACGGCCGCGCCGGUGAGCUCGAGGAAGCCAUGAAGCUCAUCAAAGGCAUGCCCUUCGAAGCAGACGCAAUGGUGUGGCGAGUUCUUUUGGGUGUUUGUAGAGUUCACAGGAAUAUGGAGCUUGGAGAAAUUGCAGCAGAGAACUUGAUCAAACUGGAGCCACAAGACUCUGCUGCCUAUGUCCUCUUGUCCAAUAUCUAUGCUGCAGAAGGAGAAUGGGAGAAGAGGGGUAGAAUAAGGAGGAUGAUGGAGGAGAGAAGGGUUAGGAAGGAAGCUGGACUCAGCUGGAUUCAGGUGAGGAACAAGGUUCAUGCUUUCAUGGCUUCUGAUACAUCUCAUGCUUUAUCUGAUCAGAUAUAUCGAAAGCUGGAAGAGAUGAAGCUGAGACUGAGGGAAAAAGGAUAUGUUCCUGAUACAAAUUUUGUGCUUCAUGAUCUGGAAGAUGAGCAUAAAGAAGCUCUGCUGGCUCAGCACAGUGAGAGACUGGCCAUGGCUUUUGGACUGAUCUCAACUCCUGAAGGAAGUCCUUUGCAGAUAGUGAAGAACCUGCGGGUUUGUGGUGAUUGCCAUACAGUGAUGAAAUUAAUGUCGGACAUUGAAGGGAGGGAGAUUGUUGUGAGGGAUUCAAACAGGUUUCAUCACUUUAAGGGCGGGUCUUGCUCUUGUGGGGAUUUCUGGUGAGGCUUUUUUAGACAAUUAGCAUAAGUUUUUAGAGGAGCAUUAAUGGAGAAGUGUCCUUAUUGUAAGUACAUGAGAAUUGUGUGCUAUGUACCUAACUUUUGUUAUGUUGUGGAGCCCGAAGCACCCAUUCUUGCUAGACAGCUACACGCACCAGCAGGUGGCGUGGCGCAUCCGCACGUGCACAUGGACGACGCACGAGCGCACCACAGGCAAUUCCUUCGGUUCAAUUUCCAUAUAUUUUUGAUUUCAGGCAACAACCAAAUUAAUCUCCACACAUGCAUUUCUUCUAUGAGGUUUCCGUGAAGUGAUGGGUUGGAGAGGAGGAUUUCUGCCAACAUUUCUCUUGAGGGAUCGACAAGAAGCAUUUGAAGCGAUGUUUUGCAAGUUUCAUUGUUUGUAGAGAAGAGAUCCGAGUGAAUUUUCUAUACUUUUCUGAUUUUCUAGAAUCAGUGUGAUCCGAUUCUACAUUGUGAUUUUGGUUAUAACUAGAUGGAAUGCAGAAGAUAAGGACUGAGGCAAAAAGAUAAGAUGAAUAUAACUCAGAAAUGGAAUGCAAGGCUAAAGAUAAGAACAAGCAGUUCAAUUUGCUUAUCAUCUGCAGGACUGAGGCCGACAUAGAGCUUUGCUUAGUCAGUAUUCUUGGAGGGUUGCUUUGGGCUGCCCAUGGUGGCUGUGCUAUCUUAGAAAAAUAAAAUAAAAUAAAUUAAAAAUAACAUGA